AUGGAGUUUGGAGAGGAGACGUCGCCCGCGGUGGCUUUUCAGAAGGACGCUUUCGAUCUGACCGUGGAGGAUGUGUACGAUAUUUCCUACGUGAUCGGCCGGGACCUGCUGAAGAUCAGUGGGUCUGGAGAGGAGGUGUCGGACCUGCAGUUCAGGAUAGUCCGAGUCCUGGAGAUGUUUGAGACGCUGGUGAAUAAAUACAACUUGUCCCUGGAGGAGCUUCGCAUGGAGCGGGACAACCUGAAGGCAGAGCUGCAGAAAGCCCUGUCCGAGGGGGGAUCCAGGGAUUGCACGGUCAGUCCACCUCCAUGA